AUGUACCACCACGAAUGUGAAGACGGUCACGGGAGAAACAACAUCGCUUCUGGGUACAGCGGUGGUGAAUGUAGAGCUCGGUCGAAUCCGAAUAAGAAUCCCGAGGAGGUGCUAGAACGAAUGGAAAACGCUCGUUUGAAACUAAAUCCCAAGAAAUGCUCACUCUUCCAGAAACGAGUCGAGUUCCUGGACCAUAUCGUGUCGGAGAAAGGAAUAGAAACCAACCCGACGAAAGUUGUUGCUAUCCAGGAUUGGCCCAUACCAAGAGACAAGAUCAAACACCGAGCGGGACGAUUUCACAACAACGCUGACGCUUUGUCAAGACGCCCGUGCGGAGAAUGCAAGCACUGCGACAGGAUCGACGCGGAAGUAGGGAAUCUGCCCGUUCGUCGAACGAUUUUUGAGCAAGAUGAAGAAUGGACAACGGCUCGGCUAAAGCGUGAACAAGAAGCAGACGACAUAAUCGGGCCAAUACUAAAGUGGAAGGAGGAAGGAGUCGAACGACCCGGCUGGGCCGAAUUGUCCGACCAAUCUCCCAGUUUGAAGGUGUUAUGGGCCCAAUGGAAUUCCUUGGUCAUGGAAAAUGGGCUCUUGAAGCGGAAGUGGGAGAGUCCUGAUGGGCGUACCUCUAAGACGAUGCUGUGUACGAUGUGUGCGGCCAGCCAAGGUCCUCAUACCGGGGCGAGGGGAAAAAUGAAGAAAUAUAAUGUUGGGGCACCUUUCGAAAGAAUCGCCAUCGAUGUGGCCGGUUCGUUCCCUGUAACAAACGACGGCAACAAGUUUAUCCUGGUGGCUAGCGAUUACUUCAGCAAGUGGCUAGAUCCCUAUGCCAUUCCAAAUCAGGAAGCCGUCACGGUCGCGAAAGGACGCAAUUUCAAAUCCAACGUCUUCCAAAGAGUGAUGCAGCUACUGGGAAUAUGCAAGAGAAGGACAACGCCACUACACCCAGAGUCCGACGGCAUGGUGGAAAGGUUCAAUCGGACUAUGGAGCAACACCUUUCGAAAGUGGUAGAAGAGGACCAAAGGGAUUGGGACCAGCACCUUCCACUAUUCCUGUUGGCCUACCGCGCAGCUAUUCACGACACCACGGGUCAAACACCUGCUCACGUUCUAUUUGGGAAGGAAUUGCGGCUGCCCUGUGACCUAGUCUUUGGAUUGCCAUCCGAAGAACCAAUGGAAGUACGUGACUACGUGGACGAACAGAAAGAGAAGUUGAUCAACGUACAUGAACUAGUGAGGGGUCGGAUCAAGAUUGCCAGUGACCGAAUGAAGACAGGUUACGAUGUGAAGGCCAACUGUGGCGGAUUCCAAGAAGGUGACUUAGUGUGGCUGUAUAACCCCCGACGGAAGAAGGGACGUUGCCCAAAACUGGCUCCUGACUGGGAAGAUCCAUACACUAUCGAAACAACGAAGACGCUUCCGAUCGGGACGAUCGGAUUACCGUUACGACGCCCCAGUACGACGCCUAUGGCCGUUGAGAGCUUUCUGGACGUACGCACGGCGCUGAUGGGUGAAUCAUCACUGCUGACGGUGUCGACGGCCGAGAGGCGGGCGCAUAAAGACAGAUCUGGAGCCGUCUCGAAGCAGCGUCCAGGGGAGUCUCGAAGCGAAGUCGCGAUGGAUGUUCGUGAAAGAUCUCGAUAA